GUGGCUGUGAUGCCCAAGCGCGCAAGCAGCGGGUACCGGGACUGGAGUGCGCCUUAAGGUUCGUGCUCUGCGGAAAAGCUCAGGGUCUGUGGAUGGAGUCACAACCACCCCCAAGGCAGGGAAUCAGCAUCACAGCUGUGUCACGUGGACAGAUCUGAGCCUUCUCCAUUCCGCAAUUCCUUCUGGUCUUUUUGUUUUGUGCCCCGCCCCAGAAGUGGAGAAGAACAUCCGAAGUUCAAACAUUGUUGAUGGCUGAGUGUUUGUGGUUACUGCCUUGAGGCUUGGUGGCAACUCGUUAACAUUAAUGUCAUUAGGUUCCUUCAAGUUAUUUGGGAACUGAUCAAGAUUUCAAGCUAAAGACGGAGGUGAUGAAUCGCCUGAGGGUCAUUCUCCAAGCCUCUCGGAGCAAGUCACCGUGGAGAAGAUUCCAGAUUCUGAGGUCCAUGCCAGUGAGGCCCUGCAGCCUUUACACCUGCACUUACAAAACCCGGAACCGAGCCUUGCACCCACUCUGGGAGAGCGUGGACCUGGUCCCGGCGGGCGAGCGCCAGUCGCCGAUCAACAUCCGGUGGAGGGACAGUGUCUACGAUCCCGGCUUAAAACCACUCAUCGUCUCUUAUGACCCGACCACCUGCCUCCACAUCUGGAACAACGGGUACUCUUUCCUCGUGGAGUUUGAAGAUUCUGCAGAUAAAUCAGUGAUCGAGGGAGGACCCCUGGAACACAACUACCGACUGAAGCAGUUCCAUUUUCACUGGGGGGCCAUCGAUGCCUGGGGCUCCGAGCAUACCGUGGACAGCAAAUGUUACCCCGCGGAGCUGCACUUGGUGCAUUGGAAUGCAGUCAAAUUUGAAAACUUUGAGGACGCAGCACUGGAAGAAAAUGGUUUGGCUGUGAUAGGGGUAUUUUUAAAGCUAGGCAAACAACAUAAAGAACUACAGAAAUUAGUGGAUACUUUGCCAUCAAUUAAGCAUAAGGACACCCUUGUGGAAUUUGCGUCAUUUGAUCCUUCCUGCCUGAUGCCCACCUGCCCAGAUUACUGGACCUACUCGGGGUCCCUGACUACCCCGCCACUCUCUGAGUCCGUCACCUGGAUUAUUAAGAAGCAGCCUGUAGAGGUUGACCAUGAUCAGCUUGAGCAAUUUCGGACCCUGCUUUUCACUUCUGAGGGAGAGAAAGAGAAAAGAAUGGUGGACAACUUCCGCCCCCUUCAGCCCCUGAUGAAUCGCACUGUUCGCUCGUCCUUCCGUCAUGAUUAUGUGCUGAAUAUACAAGCAAAACCCAAGCCAUCGAUCAGCCAAGCGACCCCCUAGGAUGCUCAUAUCUCAGCAGUAUUUUGCUUUAAUACAUACUAGCUUUUUAAAAAUUGUUAACGAGGCUAUUCUAAACACUUGCAUUUAAUAAUAAUUAUAGAUGUGCAUUUCUUGGUAUGGCAAUGCUCCUUCAGUCUUUGAGGAAAGCUCUUUGGUAAACAAAUUCUUACUUUUAUUGAUAAUGAUGUUUAUCACUCAAGUACCAGCAAGAGACGUAAGUUUCUCUUAUAGCAACUUGUUGGUAAUUGUAAUGUCUUUUUAUAUCUGACAUUUUUGAGCUGUCUUUUUAUGUUUAUCAACUAGUGGUUCUAUAGAAUUAUAAAUACGGGUGAUAAUCAAAACAGUUAACAACUGGUAAGGCGCAGACACUGACCAUCCAGAAUGCAAGCCUUUCAGAAACAGCCGUGGGGCCCGAACUGGUACUUCCUGGCUGAACACUGGCCAUGGUUUUAGGUAUAUUUUAUUUCAAAACCUGAAUGUGUAUUCUUUUAUAAGGCCUUCUCAAUGAGUAUGCUUGCCCCGAUCUUUAGUUGUCAUUACUAGUACAAGAUAUGCUUGCUUACUUACUAUCAAUUUAUGAUACAUAAAAAUAUUUUUUAAUCCUAAGAAA